GGUUUCAUUAGAUAACCCGACCGUCCCUUCAAGGAAGGGCCCUCUCAACGCUGCUGAUAACGAUAGCCAAAAGCCAGUGAUAAUACGCUCGUGUCAUGUUGUUUUAGACCCACAGGGAGAAAGAGAGGGAGAGGGAGAGCAACGCCAUCCGGAACAGCGGCAACGUAUUUGUCAUUUGUUUAACUUCUCAGAAACCAACGUCAUGGUCUUCGUGCGCUUUGCGUACUUCCUUCUAAUUCUCCACGGGUCUCCUCGAGAACCACGUCAACCUCGACCGCACCGACGGGAACCUCGAACUCACGAAACUCGCCUACGAACUCGGAGGAAAGUACUCCUGCGGCAUCUCGACCACCGAUGGCCAGGUCUCGGAGACGGCCGCGUGGGAGGUGCUGAUCAUUCACAAGACAUCGAACCGCAUCGACAACGAGCUCUCCGGCGACGUUGCCACAUGUACGAUCCGCAGCAGCCUGACAGUCUACGCCGUGUUUCCGGAGCCGACGGUGCACAGCGGCUUGUACUCGGCGGAGAGGGGCGGGUUCUUCGACCAGGUCACGCCCCUCGAGUGGCAUAAGAUCGUCUACGAUAACCAGUCCGUUGCUUAUUCGUACUACGAGAAGGUUUUCCAGGUAGAUGAGGACACUCCCCUUGACACCGUGUUCCUGACAACAAUAGGCGUGACCAAGAGUGACAACAACUACAUUUCUCUCGAGACCAAACGAUCCUUCGACCAGACGUGGCAAGAGCGCGGGUGCGCUCCUCUGAGGACUCAGGAGUACCAGGUGGUUCACUACAGCACUGACCGAACCACCUGUCGGGGCAAGAGGAUGCCAAUCUGGACAGGAUCCGCUCACGGCUAGGGUGAGCUGCGAAGAAGGGCACAGAGCAGAAGGAGACGUGAACGAGACCAAACUCACGUGUGACGAGAGGACGUGGUCGUGGGUGGCCGUGACGGGGUUGCCGCGCCACCGAGA